UGGCGAUGGCGAUGGCGUCCACGGAGCCGCAGCAUAGCGAGUCCGCAUUCAGGCACGAACUGCGUGUGCCUGGUGCGGGAAAGUAACAGAAACGAACUCCGGAAGUCUGGAUGUUUGCCACUCCAUCAGUAUGGCGCCGAAGAGGUAAUUAGGCCGCCCAGGGAGACGGCUCGCGAAUGGGACACACCAGAUCGCAUUCUUGGUCUCAGACAAACAACAGAGAUCCAAGGCGUUGGUAUCGGCAGCGAGUUGACAUUCUGCUACAGUUCUCUGUCCGCUGACUCGAGGCUCAGGCAGAGAGAGAACCUGUCCGGAGGGCCCAACGACAACCCCUCAUUCCAGCUGGACAUAUUUCUGGUUGAGAGAUUUGAGGGACUGUGGCUG